UUUGAAAAUGGAGUGCAUGCGCUCUAGAAUUUGUCGGGUGCGUCUGCCAUAUUCUUGGUUUUCAAGUACAUGUGCUGUAUAAUUUCUCGGACACAAAAUUUAGCCAAGUGCCAUUAUUGGUUAUAUUUAUACUGUGAUGUCGAUGCACGAUUGAAUUUCCACGUGUGAAAAACGUACUUUUCACAACGAACCCCUUCCACUAAAAAAAUGUGCUUUGUAUGUACGAUGCAUCCCUCUAAAAAAAACCACCUCAUCUAAAUGUUCGCGGGUACAGCUUGGAGCGCAUGCGCGUUGCGGAUUUGAUACAAUGCACAAGCUGCAACGCAACAUGAAUGAUCAAUGAAAACAGUUUCCACAAAUAGCGCAUUUAGCAUACUUUUUAGAUAUGGCGUUCAAAAUCACCAACCGUGAUUUUUCACGGUGAUCAUAAAAUCACGAUCACGCAUGGAUCUAAAGGUCGAAGCUUUGUUGCGGUAAAGCGUGACGAAAUACGUAAGAAGUAAGAGGGAUGCAGACCCACGGGCGCAUGCGGCAUGCGGUCCCAAAUUGCUGAUCAUAUUGUGGUGCACCGUGCACCCUACAUAGAAAUAUAUUAUAGAUAGAUAUGCGCAUGCUCACAUGUCCAUGAAUGCAACAUACAUACGUAGCCUAUACUUGCUAUAUAAUUGUGUUCUGUAUUUUUUGUAUUAUUUGUAUAAUAUGACAUACAUUCUUAUUUUUGAGCCAGGUAUUAAAGUUAUUAAAUAUGCUAUGGAAUAGACGAUGAUGAUAAGUUUAUUACUUUUGUUUCAUUAAUAAACUUUGUACAUAAGUAUUAUAAAAAAAUAAUGGAGGAAGAAUCUCCAAAACAAAAUAAUAAUGGAAAAGGCAAUUUACUUCCAACUUGUGUUUUCGUGAGUGAAACUCCAAAGAAGUGUAAUUUGUCAUUUUCAUUUAAUUUUGAUUUUGAGGAUGCUAACAGUGAUGCAUCUUCGGAUUCAGAAACUGCUGACUUACAAAUUGAUAUCUCUGAAGUUGACAAUUAUGAACCAUCCAGUAAACAUAAAAGAGAUACUGUUGAAGAGACUUCUUCAGUCAUUAAUGAAAUGGAAGAAGAGAUUGAAAGACAACUUGAUGCUAAGGCAGCGAAAACUAAUCUAACAGCUACAAACGUAAAAAAUAUAUUGAAGCAUGUGAUAACUAAUGAACAUGUAAUGGCAAUGGUUCAAAAUCGUCUUCAAGAUGCAAAGGAUGAUGUGCCGUUUGAACCAAAAUUGACAAGAGCAAAGGCUAAGGAAUUAGCAGCAGCUCAAGUUAAUAUACCAUGGCCAAUUACUCCAAUCAAAAAACCAUCAUCAGAGGUACAGGCUUUAAUUGAAGAAGAAUUAUCAGAAGACUCUUCUGAUGAGGAAUACGAUCCAAAUCAAGACAAGCAAAGUGAUGAUGAAAGAGAGGUUGAAAGUUCUGUAAAUAGUGAUAUAGAUUCUGAACCCUCAACACCUGUAAAUCAUUGCGAUUCAUCUGCAGUUGAACAAAUUAAAACAUCUGAUGUUCAGUAUGAUGCAGAAGGAAUAUUUAAAAUCCCUGGUAUUCCUCAUGUUCCAACAGAAGAAGAAAGCAUUGGACAAAGAACACGUUCAAAACUUUGCUUGAGUGAAACACCUUUAGAACAAAUUGAGCAGGCAUUUGUACCACCCGACAUAACAACUGAUAUGUAUGAUUGGGAUUGUGAAGUAGAUGAAGAUUGGGACAAUUUUUUAAAAGAAUUUACACAGCCAUUAACUCAGGAGCCAAUAAUAGAAGAUGAUCCAGAGGCAGAUCCAGAAUACAAUAUUUUAGACGAUGAAGAAACAGAAUUUCUGGACAAGGAGGAACUAAGAGCUGAUAAAGCUGUGAAAGUUACUCGCAAAGAAUUAAAUAAUUUGAUUGCAGAAUUGUUUGAGUUCGCUGAAACGUUUUCACAGCAGGAACAGGAAAUUUCAAAAAAGAGGAAAUCUACAGAAAAUACAAGUUUGUUAACUGAAGACAAUAUUAUGGAUUAUUGUGCAGUAGAGUUACCACCUUCCAAAGAACCUGAUCUUCCUAAUGUAAUAAACCAGGAUCAACGAGAGUUGUUGGCAGUUCAAUUUCGUCAGCAUGUUCAAUUAAUGGCACAACAUUUUGUUAUGACUUAUAUGCUGCCGAAUUUGCAUGAUCUUUCACAAAUAUGCAAACAAAAUUUAAAUAGUAUAAAGAAUUUAAAUACAGGGCCUAACUCGGCAUUCAAUGUUGCAAAUUUAGCAGAUGCUCUACAGCUGGUAUCCAACUGGGAAAAUAAAUUAUUGAAUAAAUUUUCUGAAGAUUUUAAACAAGAUUCUUCAGACGAGAAUGUGAUAAAGGCAGUAUAUCAUACAAGUAAACAUGGAUAUAUUCCAAAGUUUCACCCGGACAUAACAGAGCUGUUUAUGGAAAGUAAGGCUUUAGUAUAUCCGCAACUUUUACCAUGGGUACCUUUCAAACUUAACAGUUAUGGACUUAAAAGAAUUCCAUAUUUGAAAUCGGAAGAAGCUUUAAUUGCAAUCGGGUUAGAACAAUUUCACCCAUUUCUUGCCUCUAAACCAAGGAAACUCAAAUCUAAAAAAUAUUUAUUAAUGGAUACAGCACAUUUGAUUGCACAGUAUUUACUUCCAUGUAGAAAGCCAGAUGGAAUAUAUAUGCAUAUUCAAAAACGUCGUUUUGCCAAAAGUGACAAUCCAAUAAAACAUUAUUUUGAAAAGGGGUCGGUACCUAGAACAAUACAUUACAUUACAUUAGAAUCCUGUUUUAAAGCGCCCAAAGAGCAACCAACAAAUCUGCUGCCUCUAGUAUGGCAGUCUUAUCGCAAUAAUACAGAGCAAAGAAUUGAUGUGUUGAAACGGAAAAAAAUAUUGAAUUCUAUUAAUAAUGAUCAUAUGAAAACAGAUUCUUGUAUAAAUGAAAAUAGAAACAGUGUUGCUUGUGCUGAAAAGAUCGCACCUAAAAAUGCAUUGGAAAAUAAUUCAGCCAUAAAUGAAAAAAGUACCUUUGUACUUCCAAAAAAUACGUCGAGUAAUAAAAUAAAUGACGAAUCUUACAAUUCUGGUACACUCAGCAAAAAUCACGCUUCACAUCGUGAUGAUUUCCAACGAGAUAAAAUAGAGAAGAAGAUAGAUGAAAAAUUAAAUGAAGUGCAAGAUCUGUCUAGAAAUUCAAUUAUAGACCAUUCGCUAUUACUCAAAAAGUCGUCCAAAGUAAUGCAGAAAUUGCCACGAUUACGGAGCACUAUACCAAGAUUGGCAAAAACGAGAAGUGCUCAAAAUAUGAAGCUGAUGGUUCAAGUUUUAGGACCAAAAAGUUUAAUAUCCAAUUGUAAUACUUUGAAGUCCAAAGAGAAAAAUGAUUUAGAUAAAAAUCUAGAAAAAAUAUCUUUGCCUAAAAUUGAUAAUGAGGACGAAAUAGCAGAGUUAAUGUUAGCUAGCACGACUAUAAAGAAAGAUUCUAUCAGUAGAAAGAAAGCCAAGGAAGCCAAAGAAUUAGAAAAUGUUAAACGUCUUUUAGAAUCUGAAAAUCCAUUAAACGAAGAAGAGAAGUGUUCAAAAUUUGCAGCAUCGUAUCUUCAAAAGUUACAUUUGACGUUAGAAUCCAAUAAUCCAGAAACCUUCCGGUCUGUGAUAAAAUCCUUUGUGGAUUAUUAUGAAAAGUUAGAAAGUAUUGAUCGAACAGAAAGUGAAUUAAUGUUUUCUGACGUAUCAAGAAUUUCAGAGAACGAGAAAAUAAUGCAAAGAACUGUAAAAGAUAAGGAUGCAAUAACCAUAGAUUUGUAUCGAGAUGUUUGUGAUAAAUUGCAUGAUUAUCCUGGACUUUGUACAGAUUUUUUAUUAUUUUUGAAGCCGCAUCAAGCUGCUAUAAUUGAUCAGUCUGUAGAGUACAUAAUGCUACAAAAAAUACGUGAUUUUAUUAAUGUAGCUCAGAUAUAUUUUGCUAAGCAACCAUCACGAAUAGCAAAAAUAAUGCAAGCUAUUGCGCAACUCGCAUCUGAUCCACAAACAACAUUGGAAAAUGUCUAUGCAACUAUGAGUCCUAUACUCAAGAGUCAUCCUUUAGUUAUGGAUUUAUUUUUACAAACAUUACCAAAUGCAAAACCACCAGAAAGCAUAUUCGCACCACAUAUGUUUGAAAAUUUAACGUGUCCUGUAGGACCGUAUGAUAAAAGCAAAGUUUAUCCUGAAGAUGCUCCAGAGUUAUAUGAGAAUAUAGAACUGCCAAUAUCAGCAUCUCAAGAAGAUCCUUACGGAGGAGAAAAUUGUAGAUGCUACUGUCAUAAUAGCGACGAUAUUUCUAAUAAAACUAUUUCUGAACAUUGUGCUUCUUGUGGUGCAAGGUUUCUUAAUGGAAAAAUUUACCUUCAAACAUCUGAGGGUCUAAGACCAGCUAAAAUUAUUUUUCCUGGAGCCGAUGAAGAGAAAUUGGAGAAUAUUUCACGUGUAUCUCUAAAAACAGUUGAUAAAUUUGUGCCAUCCGUUUUGAACAAAUCACAAAGAAAGUCUACAAAAAACGAAUGUCAUACCGAUGAACAUUGCCAGAAGCUUCUUACAUCAAAAAAUUCACCCACUAAAGAAAAUGAAGAAGGAGAAAAGUUAAUUAUUAAGUCUAAAAAGACUGUACCGAAAUCUAAGGAUCAAAAAAAGAGUUUAAAAAGAAGAGCUGGAAAUGGUGUAGAUCAUGAUGUGGAUACAUAUGCGAAAAAAAUGCGUAUAUUACAGUGCAAAAAGAAAAAAGAAAAAAAGGAUAAUAAGACAACUAAAAUAGAUUGGAAUAUUGAUCAAAUUAAACUAGGUGAAUCUUCUUCUAUAAAUGUUAUAAAUCCUGCACAAGAAACGAUAGAAAACAUUACUUCAAAUAUAGAAACUGAUAACAUAACUGAUGACGGAAAUGAAAAAACUGUCUGUUCUGGAGAAAUAAAAAAUAUUCAUAAUUUACAUAUUGAUAUUAGUAAUAAACCAUGGACACGACAGGAAGAUAUGAUUUUAUUACAAGCUAUCAAAAAAGAAUAUUCUGAAAAAUCAUUAAUCAUCGUCAGUAGAACUAUAGACCGUACAGUUGAUCAAGUGAAAGAAAGGUGCGAGAUGCUUCUUACUUUGCUACAAAAAAUGGUUUAGAAAAAAGAACAGUCUUGUCAACUAUAUUUAAAAAAUGUAUUCUUAACUGAGGAAAACUGUUUUAGAAAUAUACGAAGAAGCUAUGCAAAUGGUA